CUAGAGGCCUCCACCAAAUUUUUAGGUUAUUUAGAGACAAAACACAAAAUCAAUGUAAAUUUUUAAUUACAACUGCUUGAAUUUUUCUUUUCAUCAUUUAAACUAAACCAGGAUGGCUGUUCUAUAUAAAUUUAUUUUAACACUAGGAUUUCUAUCUCUGUUCCAUUCUGCAUAUUCAGCUGCUCAACAUCGCUCGUAUUUAAGGCUGAACGAAUUAGAAUUUAGGGGCCUACCACUUGAUAUUAGCAUUCAAGCCCUAAUAAGCCUCUUUGUAAUCAUGUUCGGCGUCCUGAAUGUAGCUGGAAACUUUAAAGAGAUAAAAGCCUCUGCCGAUUUAGAUAAUAAGUCAUGGGAAACUUUUAGAAAUGUAGCAUCAUUUUACACUUUUUGUCAUAGAGGACGGUCAGUGAUAAGUGAUUCAUAGUAAAUAUUUCAGGAUUCUCUUAAUAAUCUAAGUAUUCUUACCAUUUUAUGUUGAUGUAUGAAGAUUGUAUUUGCCUUAUUGCUGUUUAGAAAGGAAAUCUUGUUUAAAUUACAAUAAUAGGAAAUAAAUUUUAAAAUAUAAAUGUUUCACCUAGCUCAAAA